GUUACUUUGUUGGAUCGCGAAAAACCCUACUAAACCCCCAAAGUCGCCUUCAUAUUUCUUCCCUCUCGUUUUGCAUUUCAACAAGGUGGUGGGUGUACAUUUUCCUUCUUCUUCACCCACGGACGGUAGAGGAAAGCUUUCUCUUCUAUUUCAACUUAUAUUUUUGACUCUCAAACAUCCCUUAUCCAAACUCUCUCAUUGGCGUUUUACAAUCCAAGUUCUACUCUCAUUAGGGCGUUUCAUUCCGGUCCUUUUUUCUCAGAGAGUUCUCCUCAGUCACCCCUUACUGGUUUCGACCAGAUCUCAUUCUGUCUCCGACUGAAGCCAAAAAGGGUUUCGAAUUUUGUUGUUUUUGUGAUUCUGAAAAACUUUUGUUUUGAUUCUCUUUCUUGGUAUAUUCAAAGAGAAAUUCAUAAAAAGGCUCAGAAGAUGCCGCUUGGACAGAGGGUUGGAGAUAAAAGCGACUCACGGUACUGUGGAGUCAUUACCGAAUUCGAUGAUGACAUGCCUCAUGUUUUAGCUUUCAAUGUUUCUGGAGGUUUCGAUUUUAUUGUGGCUCCUCUGAUGGAUCCCACUUAUCGGCCUAGUUUAAAAAGAAGCGAUGGUUGUGGAGCUAGUGUUCUACCAUUUGCAGGCUCAGAUUUAGUUUUAAGCCCUUCACAGUGGAGUUGUCAUGUUGUGGGCAAGAUUAGCUCAUGGAUUGACCUGGAUUCAGAAGAUGAAGAGUUUCGCAUGGAUUCUGAAAUGGUUUUAAGACAACAAAUAGCAUGGGCUUCUCAUCUCUCCUUACAGGCUUGUCUGCUUCCUCCCCCAAGGGGAGCAUCUUGUAGUAACUAUGCAAAAUGUGUGAAUGAAAUAUUGCAGAAUCUUAACAAUAUGCAGUUGUGGCUUAGGAUUCCAUUGCAAAAAUCUGAAGACGAUGCCAUGGAUGGGAGCUCCGACCAUUUGAGUGGUGAUUCUUGGGAAUGGUGGAAUGCAUUUCGUCUUCUUUGUGAACAUCACAGUCAGCUAUCAAUAGCCCUUGAUAUAUUGAGUUCACUACCCUCUGCGAAUUCACUUGGACGUUGGUUUGGCGAGCCUGUUAGGGCUGCUAUUGUACAUACCAAUACUUUCCUAACAAAUGCACGAGGAUACCCAUGUUUAUCAAAACGCCACCAGAAGUUGAUGGCUUUGUUUUUUAAUCAUUCAGUACAGGUAGUGAUUUCUGGAAAACCAGUGCACGACAUUCCCGUGGGUGGCUCAGAACUUACAGCUAAUCAUACAGAUAAUUAUGUUGAAGGUAUAGCAAGACAUCCAUUGCGGUCAUACUUGGACUAUGUUGGGUACCUCUACCAGAGGAUGGAACCACUGCCUGAGCAAGAACGUUUUGAGCUUGGUUACCGGGAUUUCUUACAAUCUCCCUUGCAGCCUCUAAUGGAUAAUCUGGAGGCCCAAACUUAUGAGACAUUCGAGAAAGAUACAGUAAAAUACUUGCAGUACCAAAGGGCUAUAUCCAAAGCCUUGCUUGACCGGGUUUCAGAUGAGGAAGUAUCAACCAGUACUGUUGUACUGAUGGUUGUGGGAGCAGGGAGGGGACCUCUUGUUAGAGCAUCAUUGCAGGCAGCUGAAGAAACAGGGCGCAAGCUGAAGAUUUACGCUGUGGAGAAAAAUCCCAAUGCAGUUGUUACGCUUCAUAGCUUGGUUAAACUAGAGGGCUGGGAGAACCAUGUAACCAUAGUUUCCAGUGAUAUGCGCUGCUGGGAUGCCCCUGAGAAAGCUGAUAUUUUGGUCAGUGAAUUGCUGGGAUCUUUUGGCGACAAUGAGCUGUCUCCUGAGUGUUUGGAUGGGGCCCAAAGUUUUUUGAAGGAGGAUGGGAUUUCAAUUCCAUCAUCGUACACAAGUUUUAUACAACCAGUGACGGCUUCAAAAUUGUACAACGAUGUGAAAUCACAUAAAGAUCUUGUGCACUUUGAAACUGCCUAUGUUGUCAAAUUACACAAUGUAGCAAGGCUUGCUCCAUCGCAACCUGUAUUUACAUUCAAUCACCCGAACUUCUCAGCUAAGAAAAGCAAUCAGCGUUACAAAAAGUUGCGAUUUGAGAUACCCAGUGAUACUGGAUCUGCCAUUGUUCAUGGAUUUGCUGGCUAUUUUGAUGCGACGCUUUACAAAGAUGUACAUCUUGGUAUCGAGCCAUCAACGGCGACACCGAACAUGUUUAGUUGGUUUGCCAUAUUUUUCCCUUUGAGGACACCUGUGUUUGUACACCCCGGUUCUCCUUUAGAAACUCAUUUCUGGCGGUGCUGUGGCUCUACCAAGGUCUGGUACGAAUGGUGCAUUACAUCACCCUGCACAUUGCCUAUACAUAACAGCAAUGGCCGUUCAUAUUGGGUUGGCCUUUAGCAUUUUGUUGCCUCGGUUUAUCUAAAAUAUAUAGAUGAAAUGGGAGCAAAAACAGACUUAGGAAGCAUCCAAGAGCGAGCCUCUGAAGGGGGGGACCUUUACUGUUGUAAAUCGGCCCUUUUUUACCCAAAAAAGUUAGUAGGGUUGUAAAAGAAAUUCCUCGCCAAUUAUUAAUUAGAAAGCUACAAUGAAUUAAGAGGACGUGUCACUUGUAUGCCGUAUGGAAAAGGCAGCUAGAAGUUGCUACUCUCCGUGCCUUUUCUUCCAAUAUGUGCUGCCAGAGGAUGCAUGCUGGUUAGCUACUAGAAAAGAUGGAAAUAUUGGUAAUGGCUUCAGAAAUCUGAACUUGUAAGCCCAAAUUUGAGUGAAGAUGUUUUAAUGUAGACUAGAGUGGUCAAUGAGUACCCUACCUCGGGUACUUAUCCUAUGAUGUCUCCAGUUAAGCCUUAUAUAUUUUCUCAAGCAGUAAGGUUUGUUCUA